GUGUGCUGCAGUCGGCCUGCCCUGUCUGCCUCAGAGCCUGCUGGGAGUCGGGGGGAGAAACCGUCGAGGGAGAGCGAGCAAAAGGGGGGAAGUGUGUGUGCAUGUGUGUGUAUGUGUGUGCGUGCGAGUCCCAAACUGGAAACCACUACCAAAAAGCACACACGCAGGAUUCCAAUCGACUUUAAAGCCCCUUACGGACGGGUUAUUGGCACUCCUUUUUACAAAUAGCUGUGAAAACCCGCCACGGAGAGCCUGAAACUUACGCGAAUGUUUUUUUUUUUUUCUUCUGUGGUAGCGGCAGUGCUGUUGCGCCGUGCCGACUGCUCUGAUACUUGAGCGGAUUCAUUGGUUGGAGCAGCAUUGCGCAUUGGACCCCCGCUGUAGCUAUAUCUACCGUUUAUCCAGAGGUUAGAGGAACAAUGAAGAACUAACGUUUUCUUCUUGCUCCCAAGUCGAGCUUGUUGCAGACUUAAAUCCUUUCAAAGUGUAAUUUUUGUCUCGCGCCUCUUCUUUCCCUAGCGUUCAUUUUUCCCUCGUCCUGUGUGGGAUGCGUAGGCUGCUGUAGGAUCCCGCUUGUUGACAAAAAAAAAGAAGUUUACAACAAGCUUCGGACACAAGAAGACAGAAAAUGUCCACGCCGAGGUUCAAAAAGGAUAAAGAAAUCGUCGCGGAUUACGAGAGUCAAGUCAAAGAGAUUCGGGCCCAGUUGGUGGAGCAGCAGAAAUGUCUGGACCAGCAGACAGAGAUGAGGGUCCAGCUGCUGCAGGACCUCCAGGACUUCUUCAGGAAGAAGGCAGAGAUUGAGAUGGAAUACUCCAGAAACCUGGAGAAACUGGCCGAGCGCUUCAUGGCAAAGACUCGCAGCACCAAGGAUCACCAGCAGUACAAGAAAGACCAGAACCUGCUGUCCCCAGUCAACUGUUGGUACCUGUUGCUGAACCAGGUGAGGAGGGAGAGUAAGGACCACGCCACACUGAGCGACAUCUACCUCAACAACGUCAUCAUGAGGUUCAUGCAGAUCAGUGAGGACUCCACACGGCUACUCAAGAAGAGCAAGGAAAUAGCCUUUCAGCUCCAGGAAGACUUGAUGAAGGUCCUAAAUGAGCUAUACACAGUGAUGAAGACCUACCACAUGUACCACUCGGAGAGCAUAAGCGCCGAGAGCAAGCUGAAGGAGGCUGAGAAGCAAGAGGAGAAGCAGAUCGGCAGGGGAGAACCAGUCUUCAGCAUCCGAAUGGAGGACAAAUACCAGAGGCGCAGCUCCGUGAAAAAGAUCGAGAAGAUGAAAGAGAAGCGUCAAGCCAAGUACUCCGAGAACAAGCUGAAGUCGAUCAAAGCGCGGAACGAGUACCUGCUGACACUGGAAGCAUCAAACUCCUCCGUCUUCAAAUACUACAUCCACGACUUGUCGGACUUAAUUGAUUGCUGUGAUUUGGGGUACCACGCCAGUCUGAACCGGGCCCUGCGGACCUACCUGUCAGCCGAAUACAACCUUGAGACGUCACGCCACGAGGGUCUUGACAUCAUAGAGAACGCCGUGGACAGUCUGGACCCGCGCAGUGACCGACAGAGGUUCAUGGAGAUGUUCCCUACGGCCUUCUGCCCACCGGCAAAAUUUGAGUUCCAGUCUCAUAUGGGAGACGAGGUGUGUCAGAUCUCAUUGCAGCCCCCGGUGAACGGAGAGCUCAUCCUGAGGUUCCAGCAGCUUCAGUCUCGCCUGGCUACUCUAAAGAUCGAGAACGAAGAGAUCAAAAAGACGUCGGAGGCCACUCUGACCACAAUCCAGGACAUGGUGACCAUUGAAGACUACGACGUGUCCGAGUGUUUCCACCACAGCCGAUCUACGGAGUCGGUCAAGUCCACUGUGUCGGAGACGUACCUCAGCAAACCCAGCAUCGCCAAGAGGAGGGCCAACCAGCAGGAGACAGAGCAGUUCUACUUCAUGAAAUUCCGGGAGUUUCUGGAGGGCAGUAAUCUCAUCUCCAAACUGCAGGCCAAACAUGACUUGCUGAAGAGGACACUUGGUGAAGGCCACAGAGCUGACUACAUGACCACAAGACAUCCCAAUGGGUCGCUCAAAACCCACACCGGCACCCGGCGGGCUAGACCCUGCUCUGUUUUUAAUGUUAGGUUAUUUAAUGGCAAUUUGGAGUCAUUUAUCAAGGACUCUGGACAAGCUAUCCCCCGUGUGGUUGAAAGCUGUAUCCGCUGCAUAAAUUUGUAUGGUCUUCAACAUCAAGGAAUAUUCCGUGUAUCUGGAUCCCAGCUGGAAGUCAAUGACAUCAAGAACUCUUUCGAAAGAGGAAACGACCCCCUGGCGGACGAUGAGAACGGUCAUGACAUCAACUCGGUGGCUGGCGUUCUCAAACUUUACUUCCGCGGUCUGGAGAACCCUCUUUUCCCCAAAGAGAGGUUCAAUGAGCUGCUGUCUUGCAUCAGGAUAGAAAACCUGUAUGAGAGAGCGUUAUACAUCCGUAAGAUCCUCCUGACCAUUCCCAGAUCAGUCCUCAUCGUCAUGCGCUACCUCUUCGCCUUCCUCAACCACCUGUCCCAGUACAGUGACGAGAACAUGAUGGACCCGUACAACCUGGCCAUAUGCUUCGGCCCCACGCUCAUGCCCACGCCAGAAAGCCAGGACCAGGUCUCCUGCCAGGCCCACGUCAAUGAGAUCAUCAAGACCAUCAUCAUCCACCAUGAGACCAUCUUUCCUGAUGCCAAAGAACUGGAUGGGCCCAUCUAUGAGAAGUGUAUGGCUGGAGGAGACUACUGUGAAAGCCCCUACAGUGAGCAUGGAGCCCUGGAGGAAGUAGAAAAUGAGGGAGGGACAGAGACACACACCAGCGAGGACGAGGGCGAGCCCAUUGAAGCCAUUGCCAAGUUUGACUACGUUGGGCGCUCUUCCCGAGAGUUGUCCUUCAAGAAGGGCGCUUCCCUGCUGCUGUAUCAACGGGCAUCAGAAGACUGGUGGGAGGGACGGCACAACGGCAUCGAUGGCCUGGUUCCACACCAGUAUAUUGUGGUCCAAGACAUAGAUGACACCUUCUCAGACACUCUGAGUCAGAAGGCUGACAGCGAGGCCAGCAGCGGCCACGCUGGAGAGGAUAAAUGCUCGGGAAAAGACAUCAGCUCGCCCUCUGACACCAGGAUCUCUGAGGCCUACAUCACCAGCAGGCACAAGAAAAGAUCAGACCCCCCAUCUCGGCGGCCCCCUGCCCGCCCCAGUGAUGUUCACUGCAUGGUGCAUCCCUCCCAGCAUAGUCACGGAGGACACGGAGGCACCCCGGAGAUGGGCUCCCCGGUUCUAGGCCACUUCAGCCCCCGGGACAUGCUGCGGAGUCGCAACCACAUGCUGGCGGACAGCCCUGAACGCCGCCGCCGCACUGGCCACGGCAGUCUGACUAACAUCAGCCGCCACGAGUCGCUGAAGAAGAUGGAGAGCCCCCCGAUCCGCCGCUCCACCUCCUCGGGCCAGUACCCAGGCUUCACCGACGCCCCCCACCACCACCACCACCACCACGGCGGCAAGCCCCUGGAUCCGGAGACCAUCGCACAGGACAUAGAAGAAACUAUGAAUACUGCUCUGAAUGAGCUGCGCGAGCUGGAGCGGCAGAGCUCGGCCAAGCACGCCCCCGACGUGGUGCUGGACACCCUGGAGCAGCGGCAGACCUCCGGCGGGAGCGGCGGGGGUCCCACGCCGGCCAGCUCCAGCGAGUCCCUCAGCCCCAUCCACGGCGUCAUGCUGAGGUCCACCGCCAACACUGAGCCGCCCAUUCGCCGCAGCACCAGCUCCUCCAGCGAUACCAUGAGCACCUUCAAGCCUCUGGUAGCGCCCCGCAUGGGGGUGCAACUCAAACCCCCCGCCUUGAGGCCCAAGCCCAUGGUCCUGCCCAAAUCCGGCCAGGCCCCGCAUCCUCCAGCUGCUUCUCCUCAGGACCCUCUGGACAAGUCCUGCACCAUGUAACCUCUGGCACAGGAACCAGAGAUGGAAAACAAAAAUCCAUUUCUAGGGGGAUGCAAAACGCUACCAGUGUCUACUGUCGAUGGACAUACAACAUCUAAUAUCUAAGAGCGUGUAAAAUACAUAAAGCUGGACAGUGGUGUUUUGAAACAAGCUCAUGAAGAGGACUCUGACGGGAUCUGAGAGACUCGUGUAUGAGUGAUGACAGACCUUCUGUCUCAAUAACGUGCAGUUAUGUGUUAAAAAUGCUUAGGUUAUUAUUAUUCAACAAAUGUAUUUUAUUUUUUUUAUUUUUUAAGAAAUUCGAACAACAAAUCACAAAGGCUUCCUUCAAGGUUUUAGAAAAAUGUACACUAGUUAGUUUAGUGUGCAGACAUUGAUGAACUAUGUAACUCUGAAUAGAACACGCUGCAUGGAGCUCCUCUGUUCACCGCUGAACCUGAAACAGAGCUUGAUGAGAACUGUAGUGACCACAGCGGCAUUCUCACACAUACUGUAGAACUAGAUUGUUGUUGUGUGGUUUUUUUUUUUUUGCUCUUCCCUAGGAGGGCCAUUUGGAUUUGAUGUGAACUAGUUCAAAGGCCUUAUUGACUUUGAGAUGUUUACUGAUUUCACCUGUUAAACAUUUUAAAGGUGCUGUGACUACCUGGACAGAAAUGGUUUGAGGGUUGGGCUGAUUACGGGCCUGAAGAGCCUUUAACAACUAACGGUACUUUGUUAUCAGAUAGCAUUGUGCUUUCUUCACUAGCGUGUAAACUUUGCAACUUUCUUUGGCAAGGCAUACCAUCCGUUUGUGUCUCAGAAAUGUACAAAGAUCACCUCUGUGCUGGAUUCACUCAAAUUUAUUUUGAACAGGUUUCCAUAUUGCCUGGAAUGAGAUGUAACUAUUGGAUAAAACCACUACUUCAUUUAUGAACUCUGUUUGAAUUUGAUGCAUUCUUGAAUUCCUGCGUCAAAAACUCAUGAUGCGUGGAUACAAUAUGCCUCAUAAUAACUUAUAACUUUGCAUCUGUAUAACAAAUGAGGUGCAGUGUGAAAAAUGAUGAUGACAAAUCAUCUCCUAUCUUCAGAGUAUAUACAACACAUACGCUAUUAUACAGUGUGGAACACAUGCCAUAGCUACUUUCACGCCUUGCUUGGCUUUAUCUACCCAAAGACAUGAGCGGGGUCUCGGCCCUCCGUAUAUGAUGUAGGCAUUCUUCAUAUUGACUCGUGUAUAGACUAAUGGCAGCGCCCUGUGGGACCGCUGCCGGUAGCCAUGGACCUAAUGACUGUUAGUUUGAAAGCCUCCUAAUAUGCUCCCCCUGCUUCCUAUGCUUCUCUGAAAACAGCAGCUUGCUUUGUGUCCCUCCAGUCUGUUUUAUGUUCAGGUGAGAAUGUCAGUGAUGUGUUUUUGUAUUGUUCUCUCUCUCUCUCUCUCUCUCUCUCUCUCUCUCUCUCUCUCUCUCUCUCUCUCUCUGUGUGUGUGUGUCUUCUGUAUUUGUGGAUGAGGACACCUCUAAAGGCCUGGUGUGGCUGAAAACGGGAGUCUCCCACAACCGGUAAAAACGGCCCUCAUGUGUGCCGUUUGAGUAAUAAUUCCAAAUGCAAUAGCCACAUACAACUGUAUGUGCCAGAGCUCCAACUGUGUGACUGACUGCACCCCCUGUAUUUGUUUUUUAAAUAACCUCAGUACUGUAGAAAUAACAGAACUGGGUGCAUGUCCUGGGAUUGUUUGGCUAGCAUAAUAACACACAGAAAAGACUUGGGUUUGCGAUGAAUAAGCAAUGCUCUCUAACGGCAGGUUUACACUAUUCUUUGACUUGACAGAUAUUGUGCAUAAUAAUCAAAAGAAUAACUUCUGACUUACUAACUUUCAUUAUUUUUGUAAUAUUUUUUGUUAUUUUGUUUUUUCUGACUUCGAACAAAUGAUGUAGAAUAAAUAUCCGGAGAUACAGCAUGAAGCCAGUUGUAACCAUGUUAUCAUCAACCGUAGGACUUGUAGGCUUUAAGCUACUCUGUAGUGUUAUGUACAUCUGUAGUAUGUACUUGUGAAAGUGCCUUUGAAGAUGUUUUAGAGGAACUUCAGACAUUCUGUACUGUUGCAUUUUCAUGUCGGAUGCUUUUUUUGUUGAGAAAAUGCAGUGCAGAAGGAAGAUGCGUCAAUAAGUAACGAUGCCAUUUCCCAGUUAUGUCAGAAUUAAUAAUAAACAGCUUACCCAUUGUGACAUUGCACAUUUGAUGUAUAUAACUGUAUAUAUGGCAUGUAACAUCUUAACAUCUAGAGUUCUUUGAGGGCUUAUACCUCCAAGGAUUUCUUUCUAAUAAUAAAGGAAAUAGUUUGUCGA